AUUUUUAAGCGCCGGUUCUGAUGCUUGCAGCCGGGUCUUUAUUUUACAUUCUUCGCUAAUUCUAGCAAUUCGCGUGGAAAGACCUGUCUCGUGCACAUGCUCGUCUCGUGCAAAAAUACUCCGAAAACUCAAAAGUGAAUCCCUUUGGAUACGGUUUUACGGUGCGUCGGACAGAACAAAGGCGUGAACAAUAAUGUCGGCUAAUUCGGUCCUACUGGAUUUUUCGCUCGAUCCAACACGCAUCAGUGACGAAGUCUCCCGGAAGGAUAUUGUGAAGAUAUGCAAGGAGCAUUUGGAAAAAUAUCUAACCGGGUUGAAGUUAAUUUACGAUAUGCUGACGGACGACGGCUAUUUGUGUAUUCUGAACGCCCCGGGAGCUGUCGUAAUCACCAUUCGCUUCUUCAACCAGGGUUUGAUCACGAUCAACAUCGAGUAUUAUCGCGCCGAAUGCGAAGAACCCAAGAUAUCGUUUGAACAAAUAAAAUUACUAGAGAAUGUGUUGCGUCUUACGCUUGAGGCGAAACGUUCCAAACACCUUCCACCGAUAAAAAGAGGCAGUAAAGUUGAUGUAUAUCUUACAAGCUCAGACGAACGUGUUAUCGAGUAUGACAUCGACAAGGUGCUGUAUGAUAAGCGCUCGGAUUUCCAGAAAAUUCAAAUCGUUCACUCCAAAAGCCUCGGCAAUAUGCUCGUGUUAGACGAACUUCAAAACAUUGCUGAGGCCGAUCUCAUCUAUACCGAGACUUUGAUGCGCCGUGGCGUCGAGGACUAUAAGGACAAGGAGAUAUGCAUCCUUGGUGGAGGCGAUGGCGCACUGCUAUACGAGUUACUGAAAGAAAAACCCAAACACGUGGUGAUGUUGGAGAUCGAUGAACUGGUUAUGGAUGCUUGUAACAAAUACAUGAAUUCCAUCUGCGGAGAUGUGUUGGAGAAACGUAAAAGUAGCAAUUACGAAAUCAUCGUUGGUGACUGUAUGGUUUAUUUGAACAAGUACAUCAAGGAGAAACGUAAAUUUGAUUAUGUAUUCGGGGAUCUAACCGAUAUUCCGAUCUCAGACACGCCAACGGGGGAAAUUUGGGAUUUCAUUCGUACAAUAUUGGAAGCAUCAUUCAGUGUACUUAAGCCAACUGGCAAAUUUAUGACGCAUGGCAACGGUGUCAGCUGUCCCGAGUCACUUCGUAUGUACGAAGCACAACUAGCCAAUUUAUCAUCGAAGGUUACUUUUACCAAGUGCACAUCGUUUGUGCCUUCCUUCAUGGAAGAAUGGGUAUUUUAUCAAGUGCAACGCGAAUCCCCGGCCGCAACCGAAGCUUGACUUCCAUACUAUGAUGAAACCCAGAACAUUUUGCAAAGCUCUACAUUAUCUAGCUGUCGUAGUAACAGUAAAUUGUCAGUAGUCAAAGUAGUUUCCGAUAUUCCGGUCACUUCGUCAGCAUUUGAAAAGUUGAAUGUUCACCGGAACGGCACUAUAUCCAUUAGCACGCACAGUAUCAGCUAUUUAUAGUAGAGAUUUAAACUAACAAAUUCUAAAUACAAGUAUCAGCCAUUAAAAACAAUGUCAGUGAUAUUUUUUUUGUUUUAUCUGGAAUUACUACCAUAUAGGAUCUAUUUCGUUGCAUUUCAAACUGAUAUUACAAGUGAAGAUAACAGCGCAAGAGACGCGUGUAAGUAAAGCAAUCAAUAAGUUCCUUAUUGUUUAUGUUUAUGUUCUUCUGAUCGACGACGCCAUUUGAAUUAAUCUAUCCAAAAUUAUAACUACACCAACGAAACUAUUAAAAUGUUGGUGAUUAGAAGAUCUAUCAAAAAUAGCAAAAGUUAUAAAUUACAAUUCAUUAAUAUCUAGAGCGGGUAAUGUUACAACUCGCAUUGUAGACCUGAUUAAGUCGUAAAUAUAAAUUCAAAUAACAA